CUAAACCAUCACUCCCAAGUCCCAACCCCCAACCGUCCUUAUAAAAAUGCCGUUGCCACGGCCGGCCUUUCUUCAACUUCCAGUGCUGGUGCUGGAUCUGUUACUACAAAGAUUACAGUUUAAUGGAUGCCCCUUGCUUAGAGCCCUAAUUAUCUCUCAGGUGUAUCAUCGGAUUUUGCUUCUUCGGUUUUGGGUUGGAACCAUGUCGGCUCGGCACCAAGUGUUUGAAAAUGGACUUGAGCAAGUUGAACUGCUUCCAGCGACCAAUGAUGACCAUGGAGGAGUCAUUGUGGAGAUGGAGGGGGCUAUGGGCUCCGAGGUCUUUGCAACUUUGCUUAGAGCUUCGGUCUCUGAGUGGAGGCGACAGGGCAAGAAGGGUGUCUGGAUUAAACUGCCCAUUGGUCUUGCAAAUCUGGUGGAACCUGCAGUGAAGGAGGGAUUUUGUUACCACCAUGCCGAGCCAGAUUACCUGAUGCUGGUUUACUGGAUUCCUGAUACUAGCAGUACUAUUCCUCUAAAUGCUUCACACCGUGUAGGUAUUGGUGCUAUUGUUUUGAAUGAUAAAAGAGAGCUUCUUGUAGUUCAGGAAAAGAGUGGUAUAUUCCAAGAUACAGGGGUGUGGAAAAUCCCUACCAGGGUUGUUGAGGAGGAGCUCUUCAAUCUACAGGGUGAGAAUCUUUUCAUGGCGGCUAAAAGAGAAGUAAAAGAAGAAACAGGGAUCGACACGGAAUUUCAGGAGAUACUUGCAUUCAGGCAGUCACACAAGGUGUUCUUUCAGAAGUCAGAUCUAUUUUUCAUUUGCAUGAUGCGCCCUCUAUCCUUUGACAUCGAGAAGCAAGAACUAGAGAUUGCAGCAGCCCAGUGGAUGCCAUUGGAGGAAUAUGCAGAUCAACCUUCGACCCAGAAGCACAAGAUUUUCAAGUGCAUUGCUGAGCUAUGCUCGGCGAAGAUGCAGGGUGACUACACUGGAUUAUCACACCUGCGUAUAACUUCAGCUUUCAACAACAAUUUUAGUUAUCUAUAUUUGAACAGCCGGGAUCUGAACGUUUCCUCAAAUUCUUCUGAUCAAUCGUAGAUAAAAAUACAAUUGGUGAUUAUUGUAUGAAAUCCCGAUUAUAUUUUAUUAUAUUUUUAACAAGCAAAUGCUCUGCUUUUCUCUAUGAUGAGGUACAAUGCAGAGUCAGACCAAUAGCUUUGGGGCUUCUUUUUUUUUUUCAUGUCUUUUCUUUUUCUAUAUGCAUUAGACGAAAUCAGGCACUUUUAUUGGCAUGUUUGAGUUGCGACGCUGCAGGGUUGUUUAAGUAUCGUGUUUGUAAACAGAGAUGGAUGGCAGAAAGCACUCUGUAGUGGUCUUAAUUGUGAUUAAGGCUUGGUUGUGUUGAGCUGAGCAAAUCCCACUUUAUGCUGUACUAGUUUACUGCUUAUACGAAGGUGUCACUCGAAUA